AUGUCCGAGAAUGUGGUGCGGGAGUCGCUCACGCUACUCAGGAACCAGGACAACGCCCUUCCUCUCUCCGCCGCGGGGCAGAAGAUUCUGGUGGUCGGUCCCGCUGCUGACUCGCUGCCCAACCAGUGCGGCGGUUGGUCCAUCCAUUGGCAGGGUUCGGUGAGCCCGAGCGAGUUCGACCCGUAUCCGGACACGUCGACCAUCUACCAGGGCAUCAAGUCGCUCGCGCCCUCCGGCUCCAACGUCCAGCUCGUCGCGGCGUGCGACUUUGACAAGUGCGACAGCUCCAACCUGAGGGAGAUCGAGGCCAUCAUCGCGGCGUCGGCCGAUGUGGUGGUCUUGGCCGUCGGCGAAGGUCCCGAAGCCGAGGUCCUCGGUGACAUCGACGAUCUCACCAUCUCGCCGUCGCAGAUCGAGCUCAUCAAGACCGUGCACGGCGCCAUCGCCAAGAGCGGCAGGAAGGUCAAGACCGUGAUGGUGCUGGUGGAGGCUCGGCCGCGCAUCAUCCCCGAAGAACUCAUCAACGCCACCUCGGCCGUCAUCAACGCCUACCUCCCCGGACCCUACGCGGGCACGCCGCUGGCCGAGGUGCUGUUCGGGAAGGCCAACCCGUCGGGCAAGCUGCCCUUCACCUACCCGCGCACGACGGGCGACAUCCACGUGCCCUACUGGCACUGGUACUCGGACGUCACCACUCCGCUCUUCCCCUUCGGCUUCGGCCUCAGCUACACCACGUUCGCUUAUGACAAUCUGCGCGUGUCGGACACGAAGCUGGCACCGGGCAAGCCGGUGACGAUCUCGGUUCGGGUGACCAACAGCGGGAAGGUGCCCGGGAGGGAGGUGGUGCAGCUCUACGUGAGCGAUGUCUACGCCACCGUCGCCCCCUCCGUCAAGCUGCUGAAGAGGUACGUGAAGACCAGGAGCCUCGCGCCGGGUCAGUCGUACGUGGCGACCUUCACGCUGGCCACGCACGAUCUGGCGUUUUACAACCGCGAGCAGCAGUUCGUGGCCGAGGCCGGCCUCUUCAACAUUCAGGUGGGCACUCUGACCUCCUCAUUCACCCUCACCGGCAAGAGCCUCAUCUGCCCCGCUAUGAAGACAGCGACGGUGUGGGCACUCCUGCUCGCGCUCGUGAUUGCGUCAGUGGCCCUGACCAGUGGAGCCUCGGCCGCCCGCAACAACGCGCGCACUGCGAAGAGGGACGCGUUCGUGGCACGCCUCAUGGCCAGCCUCACCCUCAAGGAGAAAUCAUUCCCACUGAUGAUCACCAAGUCCAUGAGCAACAUGCUCAUUGUCAAUCUGUGCCCACUGACUGCUGAGCAAGAGGCCCAGGGCCUCUCUUCCAAGGCCCACCAGAUGGUCACCCUUGACCAUCUGCACCUGUGCCUCAGGCACAUCAGCACAGACCAGCUCAAGAUUGCAUCAUUCACAGGCAAGACCUACUUUGUCUCCUUCAUUCUGGGCUGA